AUGUUCUCCUCACCAGCGAAGCGUCGGAAGACAUCACAUCCGCCCCCGGAGGCAGCCCAAGAAGGGGCAGACCGCUCGGACGUUCGUCAAACACCCACACGCGCCUCCUUCCUGUCGCCAACGAAGGCCAGCUUGGCGCGCUUCAAUCCGAACCUGCUACCAAAGUCGACGCCUACUCGCUCAGGAGCGUCAAGACCAGGCAGUCAGCGUGAAUCUACUUCUCGAGGGCAGCAAUUACGCGCGUAUGUCCUAGGUGAUGCGGAGGUACCAGAAUCAGGGCUUGCGGCCGUCACGCGGACGCCGAAAGACGGGCUGGCAGCCGCACCGCCGGGAACGCAGGCGCAAGGUGAUAGCGUACAGGGGAACAUCAACGCGCAAAUUGCAAGGGAGUUGGAAACUGUCGCCCGGCGGUCAUUCCUUGCUUACGAGAAGAUCGUUGGAAGCGAAACACCGGCUGAGGAACAGGAGGCAGAGCUCCCGUUGACGCCGAGUCAGCGUGGGACACAAGAUGUUGGGAGUCAUACACCACGGGGGAUACUGUAUUCUUCGCCUAGCAAGCGUGCAAAGCGGAGCAAAGUGCUGGCGAAGAAGUUGAAUGCGUCGCCGUCGAGGCCACGGGAUAAAGCACCCAAUAGAGACGAAACCGAUCGACAAAUCCAACCAGAAGUAGCCGCUUCUCAGUCUGAAGCUGGGAUCCCCGAUGCUGAACAAGCGACCGCAGCUGGCCCUGGCAAAGCCGGGCAGGUUACUGGGACCGCACAUCAAGAGUCAGAAGCGAAGCAGCAGGAGAAAGACCGUUUGCUGCAAGGGAUGAAAGCCCUGGAAAACCAAGUCAAGCGACUAGAGCACGCAGUACAAACGAUGGACGCCGAUCCACGCGACUCAGGCUUCAAGAAUCCGCAGGACCUGGAGAGUCUCAUCACUCUGAUCAACGAAACCAAUCCGGCCAGCCAACCACCCGACCCACCAAAGCAACCACCACUCUCCCAGCUUCUGAGUUCCUUCCUCCCAUUCACCAAACCACUCGCCCACCGCACCGAGCCAGCGCCUCCCGCCUCAAACGACCCCAUCCCCUCGCACGCGCCCCUCGCCCUCGACGACCCUCUGCCAUACCUCACCCUCUUCACCCCCUUCACAAUCACGUCCUCAAUCUCUACGACCCCAGAAACCUCAACAGCCCCGUCCCUACAACCUCCUACCCUCCUCCACGCCCUCACCCUCACAUCCCCCUCCUCCCUGCUUUCCGCAACACUCCACCUCCACAUCUCACCCAACCCCGAACCGCACAUCAAGAGGCUCAACCUCGCUGCGCUCUACCCAUGGGCCGAGUCCGAGAUCGGCGCCUGGCUCCGGCGCCGCGUGGCUGAGAACGACGUCGGCGGCGUGGGAUGGGCGCUAGGCUCGUACUGGGAGCUUGCGACCAAGCGCGCGGGGUGUUGGGGGAGAUGUGAGAGGGCGUGGCCGCAUUUGCUUGGGCGGCAGGGUAGGGGCGAUGGGGAGAGGACGGUGGCAGUGGAGAAGAUGGGAAAGAGGAAGGCGGGUGGGCAGGCGAGCGCGGGGUAUAACGAGCACGACACUAGGAGCGAAGGAGAAGACGGGUUAGAAGAGAUUUCCGGUAUCGGCGACACAAUUGCCGCCAUAGAAGGGUCCACGAACAAGAACGCAAGGGGUGCCGCGUCGAGGAGGGAAUUGCGGCGGCACCUCGGGCGUACAGAGCUGGUUUUCCAGUCCGCGGACGUGAAGCUGCGGAUAGCGUGGCGUAUACAAUUCGACUGGACGGGGGAAGCGGAGUCGGUUGUCCGGGCGCAGGCGGCGUUUCCGGCGGCGUGGCACGAGGCUGAUGAACGGAGGUCAUUGCACAAGGUUCCGGCGACGUUUGAGAGGCUGGUGAGAGAGCGGGGUGUCUUUGAGGCUGUUAGGGUUGUGGUUGGGCUACUCUUCCCCUGA